UCGAGGCUCUGAGGGAGGACGGGACCCCCCCUCCCCAUCUCCCCUUCCCUGACCCCCCACCUCGCCAUGGGGCUGCCCCACAGGCUCUGAGCAGGAUGGAGGGGCUCUGCCUGCUCUUGGCAGCUCUCUGUGCCAUGGUGCCAGGACAAGGCACAGCGAGAUGGGCAGCGUGGGGACGGGGACAUGAUGGCACCCGACUCUCCAGCUCUCCCUCCGCCCCUCCAGAGGUGACCAGCCCCCCCAUCACCCCAGUGGGCAGCACGGCUGGAAACGCCUCGAUGGCACCAGGCCCUGGCCGGCUGAGGCUGGCAGGAGGCCGGAGCCGCUGCGAGGGCCGCGUGGAGCUGGAGCAGGCGGGCGCCUGGGGAACCGUGUGCGACGACUCGUGGGACGAGGCCGACGCCGACGUGGUGUGUCGGGAGCUGAGCUGCGGCCGCGCCGUGCGGGCUCAGGGCCGGGCUGCCUUCGGCCGCGGCCACGGGGCCAUCCUCAGGGACGAGGUGAGCUGUGAGGGACACGAGGAGCGUCUCUGGGACUGCCCGGCUCUGACUGAGCACGACUGCAGCCACAAAGAGGAUGCCGGGGUGGUGUGUUCAGAGCACCAGGAGUGGCGCCUCUCCGGGGGCCGCGACGGCUGCGCCGGGCGAGUGGAAGUUUUCUUCCGUGGCUCCUGGAGCACGGUGUGUGACAGCAGCUGGUACGAGCUGGAGGCCACGGUGCUGUGCCACACUCUGGGCUGUGGGCAGCUCCUCAGGAGACUGUCCUUCGAGCACACGCUGCCUGGAAGGAUGCUGUACCAGUGUGGCAGCCCACAGCCCUCGCUGGCACAUUGCCAGUGGACCUACAAUAAAUCAGCUCCCUGCCACCAGUCCCGGGCAGCUGGUGUGGUCUGUAAUGGCUCCCAGGGCUUGCAGAUGCCAACCCCCACGGCCACGGUGGCGCUGGGCAAUGUCACAGUGCAGAGACAUGAGGAGGGCUCCGUGGCUGUCGGGGCACAGCCCCCCCUGCACGUGCCCCUCUUCAUCCUCUGCCUGGUCCUGGCAGCGCUGCUGCUGCUCACCGUGCUGGCCUUCACCGCUGCCCUCCUGAGGCUGAGGAAGAUGAGCGCCCACGCCGUGUCCUCCCUGGGACUAGCUGGGCCAGUGCUGGUCACCCACAGAGCCCAGAGCCCCAGGGUGCCCUCGGGGACCUCCAACGACUACAGGGACGUGCCCCCCAGCCUUCCCAAAGGACCAGAGCCGCCGGUCCCGGCCCUUCCCACCGCCCAGGACUCCGACUCGGACUACGAACACUAUGACUUCAGCAGCAAACCUCCCGUCGCCCUCUCCACCUUCUACAACUCGCUGCGCCGGCAGCCCGGGGAGCUGCAGCCGCUGAUGCGCGGCCGGGCCGGGCCGGAGCGCUUCUGUGCCGAGGUGCCGGCCAGGCCGUACCCCCCGUCCAGGGGCAGGGCGAGCAGCUCUUCCUCUUCCUCCUCCUCCUCCUCCUGCACUGAGCCUUAUUGCAACGGCAGCGCACCCACCCCGCACGCCUGGGGCUGGCCGCUCACGCCCGCCGAUGGCACCCACCGGCACCCACAACCCACUGCCCACGACUACACCGACUGCCCCGGCACGGCACCCCCAUCAGUGCCCCGUGUGCCCGCCCCGGUGUCUCCAGCGGAGCCCGAUCCCGCCGACAGCUCCAGCACCUCCUCGGGAGAGUGGUACGAGAACGUGCAGGGCUCGGAGCCACCCGGGGACCCAUCCCCACACGGCUGCCCGGCUCCUCCCAGCCCCUCGCACCCCGACUCCUCCGGGGCCAGCGACUACGAUGACAUCCAGGGCUCUGCUUGCUGAGCUGCCCGAGCCCCCCCAGGCCCAGCAGCACGGACCGAGGACUCGCCAUCCCUCUGCACUUCUCCACUGUCCGGGCACGGGGUCCUGGCAGUGCUGGGGGGGUGCUGCUGGGGGCAGA